AUGGCCAUCGGCGUUCGCAUCGCCAACAAGCUCACCGAAGACACCGAAAAGAGGGCAGCAUUGCUGAGUUGCUGUGGGGAGGAGACCUUCUCCCUGACAGCUACCCUCGUAAAGCCGCUUAGGCCGCCGAACGCGGACUAUGAGCCCAUUGUAGAAGCUGUGAAGAAUCACAUCAAUCCGAAGCCCUCCGAGCUGUACUCGAGGUAUGUGUUCUCCAAACGAGAUCAGCACGACGGUGAGAGUGUCGCUGACUACGUUACAGCCUUACGCAAGCUAUCCGAGAGCUGCGGUUUCAGCGACAAGCAGCUCCCGCUUGACACAAUGCUCAGCGACCGAUUAGUUUUCGGAAUUUCCGACAGCACAGUGCAGCAGCGCCUGUUGGCCGAGAAGAACCUGGCCUUUACGACAGCCUACGACCUGGCAGUCACAGCCGAGUCUGCUGCAAAACAUCAAAGAGGUUUACCACAGGUUGCGGCCUACCUCAACGACAUUCUGGUGGCAAGCGAAACUGUCGAGGAACAUCACAAGGUCCUGAUGGAAGUUUUCGACCGACUUUCGAAGGCCCAACUCUGUGUUCAAGGCGCCAAGUGCCAGUUUUUCAAAGAGAGCCUGGAUUAUUUGGGACACCGGAUAGAUGGAAGGGGCAUCUAUCCGUCGAAAAGCAAGGUCGACGCCAUUCAUGAAGCACCUACACCACAGAACAAAAAGGAGCUUCAAGCCUUUCUAG